UGAGGGAUGUGACGAAGCACCCACCGGAAGCUGGAGCGGGGGUCCUGACCACAUUUGGACAUGCGUAGCUCCAGUGGCCGCUGUCAUUCUAGCCGUGACCCUCGCUAACAGCCUGUUGACGGACGCUGUGUUGGCGACAUCUUAGCGUCACGUUAAUGAGCGGGCGACACUUGACCACCGUCACCACCACCGCCACCGUCCUCCUCGUCCUCCUCCUGCCGCUGCUGCUGCCGCUUCUCUCCGCCCAGUCGCUCGGUCGUAGCCUCUGCCGACGUUGCUAAUUUCUAGCGGUGGGCGGAGCUCCACUGUCCAGCAGCCAUGUCGGGCUUCAAUCUGCUGCACCUAAUAACAAAGAGUCAGCCUGUAGCUCUGAAGUCCUGCAGUCUUCCUCCAGGAGCCCGUAGGACCAAGAGGACAUGGCCGAGGACUUUCCCUCAGGAGGAGCUGAGACAGCGCCUCACACCGAUGCAGUUUCAUAUUACUCAGGAAAGAGGAACUGAGAGCGCCUUCACUGGUGAGUUUGUGGAUCACAAAGAAGAUGGAACGUACACGUGUGUCGUCUGUGGAACUCAGCUGUUCAGCUCAAAGACGAAAUUUGACUCUGGCUCAGGUUGGCCGUCCUUCACUGACCUGCUGAGGGAGGAGUCGGUCUCUCUGUCCGAUGACUUCUCUUAUGGGAUGCACAGAGUUGAGACCACCUGCAGCCAGUGUGGAGCCCACCUGGGCCACCUGUUUGACGACGGACCACGACCGACGGGGAAACGUUACUGCAUCAACUCGGCCUCACUGGCAUUCCAGCCCACGGACGGUGCCGCCCCACCCGCCUCAACCGGCUCUGCAGCUGAGGGGGGGGCCACCGGCAGCUCACCCAGUGAUGGGAAGACAGAGCUGUGAAAAGUUGACAUGUACAACAGCAGGUAAAGGAGUUUCAGGGUGGGUCAACAUAGGGAGGCGGUGACCCCAGGAGGACGGACAGACCUCAGACACAGACCAAAUGUUUAACCUGUCACACAGCCGGCAUGCUUCUUCACACAGUCAGUUUGUAGUCACACCGAGUAACUGCCUUACGUUCAGUACUUCAAGUACUUUGAGUAUUUGUCAACCUGGGUUUUUUUUUUACAGUAUUGAACUGUAGAGAAAAGCAGGAAGUUUUGUUUCUUGAAGGUUUAUCAGAGUGAACGUGUGGUUCUGCUACUGUAUGUGCCUAGAUUCAAAUGCUGUAAUGUGAUUUUUCACCUCUUGGUGGCGCUACAUCCCACACACACCGUACCUUUAACGUCUUUAAAUGAAGAUGAAAUCAUCCUGGUUGACAAAUACCAGAAUGUUCUCCCUUUACUGAUCUCACGUCACUCUGAUGAGAAUUUUGAUGCAAACAGGUCAUAUAUAAAUAUAUGCAGUAUAUAAAUAUAUCUUUAUGGAAGUUGUGUUUGAUACAGAGGGUUUAAAAAGUGAUGCAGGAACCAACAGACGUGACACGAAAAAAAUCUGUGGCCUUGAAGUUCUUUAUUUAAAUAUAUAUUUGGAAAUAUAUAUGAUUUUUUUUUUUGUCUUGUAAUCAGGCUUUUAUUUUUAAAAUUAAAUUUGAGUUUAUUCCAAA